AUGUUUUUCAUAAUCACGGCUCCAGGAUACGUUCCCACUGAGCAGGACAUCUUGAGGAGCAGGGUCCCCACCACAGGCAUCAUAGAGUACAUGUUUGACACUCCGAAAAUCUCCUUCAAGAUGGUGGACGUUGGUGGUAUGCGCUCCAAGAGAAGAAAAUGGGUCUUUGCUUUUGAACAUGUCACCUCCAUCAUAUUCUUGGUAGCCAUCAGUGAAUAUGAUCAAGUCAUGUUUGAAACUGACAGUGUUAACCGUCUGGUUGAGAGUCUCCACCUGUUCCAGACCAUCAUUUCCUCCACGUGGUUGGAGGAGGCCUCCACCAUCCUCUUUCUGAAUAAAACAGACCUGCUAGAGGAGAAAAUCACUCAUUCACAUUUGGUAACCUACUUUCCAGACUACAACGGGCCUCCAGGUGACGCUGAGUCAGCAAAAAAAUUCAUCCACAAAAAGUUUGUUGAUGCCCACACCGGUCAUCAUAAACCUCUCCACAUGCACUUCACCUGCACCACAGACACGGACAACAUCCGGGUCGUCUUCAGAGCCGUCAGACCUGCUCUCAUCCACCAUUCACUUGAGAAGUUCAGAGUCGAAUGA